AUGCCGCACGUACGAGGAAUGCAUGAUCUCGGUGUUGUAAACCAGAUCGCCCACGACAGGCGGUCUUGGGUGUGUGGGAAUCCGAUUGGGAGGGAAGCCAGACUCGCCGACCAUGGUUCCUAUAAGUCCGGAGGCAACAAGAAACACCAAAUCAUCCAGGCUCGAGUGACCGACCGUCUGGUAGCAGCCGGAAUUAUCGAUCGAGGAGGCGAGUAUAAGGAGAAGUGUAGUUUCUACGAUGUGAAACACAAGGUUAUAUCAUAUGCCAUGAUUACAAGUCACAAGUCACAUUUCCUUUUUGAGGUCACUGGGAAGUUGGCCGGUGGAUUAUUAUCCCAGGCCGCUGCGGAGGUCAUCAAGCAGAUCGGUGCUGCUUCAUGUUGGCACUCCUCAGGCUGGAAGCCUGUGACUCGAGCGCUCGAGAGGGUCAUACAGUGCGAUAUGCGCUGA